AUGGAUGAUGAAGUUGGAUGGGUUGAUGAGGAUGAGGUAAAUCAACUUUUUUUAGUUUUAACUAAAAAUAUGAAAGAACUAAAACUUUCAAAACGUACUUUUUCCAGUGGUAAUUUUGAUGAUGGUUUUUCUGGUGGUGAUGGUUCUGGUGUUGAUUUCAGUGGUGAUUCUUUUAAUGAUAAUUUUGGUAGUGGUUCUUUUGAUGGUAGAGAUAAUUCCAAUGGUGGUUUUUUUGGUGAAGAUGGUUCUAAUAGUGAUGGUUCCAAUAAUGAUGAUAAACUAAAACUCGAGAAUGAAUAUUUAACUCUAAGAUAUAAGCUGCGACUUAAAGCUGCUAAAGCAUUUAUUGAAUAUGGUGACAUUCCUGAAAGUAAUUAUGAAAAACAUCUUAGGAGAAGCAGUAUUCUUGAUGAUGAGGAUGUUCAAUUAAAAGUAACAUCAUAUUUACAACAACACAAAUUUAAUACAACUAUUCAUAAUUUUUGUGAUUAUAUUUCUAAUGAAAUUUUGCCUUCUGUUGGCAUAGAAGAAAAAACUAAAAUCAGUAAAUCUACAGCAAUCUGA